CGAGCCUUACCGUGUUCUCACCUGCACGCAACCGAUUCUUCCCGAACACCCACUAAUCCAUUCCCUUCCCUGUUUCCCUUCAUUUCUCCUCAAAUUCCCUCGUCAUCGUCUCGUGGAAGCCAGAAAGAGUUACAGAGAGAGAGAGAGAAAGCUAAUAGCAGAAAGCCAGAGAAUUCUCCAAUUGCCGAUCUUCCGAUCUCUGCAACUCGAAGAACCAGCGAUGCACCAGGGAGAUUACGCUUCCUACUACCAGUUCCCCACCUUCCAAAACCCUAACCCCAAUCCCAAUCAAAACCCGCCCAAUUCGAUCGAUCACCACCAGACGGCGUCGGCGCCGCCGUUCUCCCCCAGCUACCCUCCCAACGAUUACUCCGCCGCCUAUCCUCCUCAAUCUUACCCUCCUCCACCUCCUUACUCUUCCGAUCCCGCAGCUGCCUCGUACUCCCAACCGGCUUCAGCUCCUUUGAAUUCCCAAUCCUCGUUCAAUCCACCGCCGGCCCAGCAGCCGGCUUUCCAGCCUUACGAUUCGCUCGGGGCUGCUUACCAGCAGCAGCCACCCGCGCAGCAAUCGUAUUUCCCGCCGUUCGAUCACCAUCAGACGCCUGGUGCCAGCUAUGCUGCUGCCCCGCCCCCGCCACCGCCUGCCUCGAAUCCGAUCGCCGGAGCGCCCUAUGUGUCUUAUUCGUCCCUUAAUCCGGUAGGAUCGUCUGUUCCGCCUGUGUAUGAUAACCAGUAUGAGAAUUCGCCGAAGUUCGAUCAUGGCGUUGGGUAUUUUGACGAUAAGUAUGGGAUCUAUAAUCGGGGUCGGUCUGAUUUGGGGAUGGAUCCUUAUGGAAUGCGGUCAGAAGGGAGGUCUGAAAUGGGUCGGGAUGGUGGAUAUGGUGAUGGUGUUAUUGCUUAUCAAGGUGGGAAGGUGGAGCCGUACGGGGCACGAGGGACGGCACCGAAGUCUUCAACAUGGGGUAUGUUCGAUGAUUAUGGAAGAGCCAUUAACGUCCCUAGCUCAAAGGACUCUUCUUUGGGUUCGGGUUCUGGUUUGAAUUCUCCUAAGAUUGUGAGGGCAGUGCCUAAGAUGGACACUCAGGAAGAUGUGAAGAGUGGUGUGCAGAAGUUCAGGGUUAAGCUUCUUGCUGAAAGUGGAGGCCAGAGCACCAUGGAUGUGCUUUGCCAGAUUGGUUUGGAUGGAAUUAAGAUGCUAGAUCCCAAUACCAGUCGGACACUCAGAAUUUAUCCCCUUGAGAACAUCACAAGAUGUGAUAAAAUGGACUCGUCAACUUUUGCCUUCUGGUCCAAGAGCUCUGUGGAUGUUGAACCAAGGCGCAUCAGGUUGCAAUCAAAUAGCUACACGACCAGUACACUCCUUGAUACAGUGACUGCUGCAACCAUACAGCUGAAGGAAAUGGGGGGAAGACCCAAGCCUUCUGAUCAUUCAAAGAUAUCUGAGCAGACGGCAGAGAGGAAGAAAGGUUUUGGUGAUUGGAUGAACUUCAUAAAGCCCGCUAAUGAGGAGAAAGAUCAUUGGGUCCCUGAUGAAGCAGUAAUGAAGUGUACAGGAUGUGGGACUGAUUUUAAUGCAUUCAUUCGAAGGCACCACUGCAGAAACUGUGGCGACAUAUUCUGUGAUAAAUGUACCCAUGGAAGAAUUGCUCUUACUGCUGAGGAGAAUGCCCAGCCAGUUAGAGUUUGCGACCGGUGCCUGGCGGAAGUGACACAGCGGUUGACGAAUACUAAAGAAGCAGCCAGUAAACCUGCAGGAUUAAUUAGCCAUGAGGACCUCGCCAAGAAACUUCAGGAGGAGAUGGAAAGGAAUCGCAAGACAUCCUCGGGAUCAAAAUCUUCUGAAGGAUCAUCUGGCAAGCGAAUGAGAGAAGUCGCGUGCCCUACUUGCACUGUCCAUCUCCAGGUUCAGGUCCCGAGCUCAGGUUCAGAGACCAUAGAAUGCGGAGUCUGUCAGCACCCUUUCCUUGUCAGUGCUCACUAGGUGUCUGCAAAGUGGCGCUUCUUCCUUUUCUUUUUCUAAAGGUCCUGGAUGUUGUUUCUAGAUGGCCUUUGUUUGUACAAAAAAGUGUUGGUAAAGCUCCCUCUGGCUUUGGGGUAAACUGAAGUUGGUUCAUUGGGGGUUUUUUGAUUUGUCACGGAACAUAAUCUGUCAUUCAUGACUACAAUAUGCAACUUUGAGUUUCGCUGGGUGCUUGUAAUUUGAGAGUUGACUUUGGGUUGCUUUCUUUCUGGCUUUGUAAAUUUGAUGAUUAUGCCCCUCUCCUAUAUUCCUAAUAACACGCUUGUAUUUGGCAACAGUGUUCAGAACUUGUGGAUAAUAGAUUUCGCGUCUCUAUGUUGUGCA